AAGCGCGAGGGGGCGCGCACUUCCGGCGCGCACAGGGGGUGGCCCUUCCGGGCGAGGGCGGGCGGGAGCCGCCGCGGCGCUGCCCCUCUUCAAGAUGGCGGCGGCAACCUCGGCCUGUUCCCCCCGCUCCUUCCUGCGCAGGCUCCGCAGACCCCCCUCCAAGAUGGCGAUUAUGUUAUAACUGCAAUAUAAACGAGCAGUGAUGGAAUCACUGGACACCGAGGUGAGAGCACGGAAGACUCUGAGGACUGUUGAAUAUGUGGAGUCUUCAGGUUUCGCCCAGGGAAUCCUGCCCACCAGGAAGGAUGUGAUCCAGAACAUGCUGUAUUUACUGCAGCCCAAAAGAGCUGGCCAGGCCCAGCGCUCCAAAGAGGACGCAGCCCAGUUGCUCGCUGAGCACCUGCAAGAGCACUGGUUGGUUUGCAACUUGCACACCAUCGCGUCACAAAGUAUAAAGAAACUUAUCCUCAAAAUGUACGAGGAGUUUACCAGAUUGUAUCAGACCAGAAAGCAGAGACAGAACAAGGGUUUUACCGAUCGAGCGGACAAAUUCAACGAGAGUUCAGAGAAGCUCUUUGACAUAUUUUGUACAGACGCGCAGAUGAGAAACAAACUGGAGGAGUACAGUGGGAUAAAAAUGACUAGCAUUGAGUGGAAAUUUUACGAAGAUCAAAGAAGCGAAAGAAAAAUGUACUAUGAAGAUUUCACAGACAAGCAAGAAUUGAAGAUGAUGGAAAGAAGGCAAAAGAUACAAUGUCUGGAGCAGUUCAGAAAGCUCGCCAAAGAGGAGAAGGAAGGAAACAAAGCGAAGGAAAUGAAAUUUAAAAGUGAAGAGCAAUCCGACGAAGGCACGAGCGUAGAUGAAUCCUGCCCUGCGGAAGAGGAGAACGGCGGCCCCCCGGCCUUUUCGCUGCGGGACAGGAGGAAGCGCCGGUGCACGGCGACUGCUGCGAGCGGCGCCAUGCCCCUGGAGUGCCAGCAUAUACGCAUGAGCAUCAGGAGGGUUAGGCCUGGGUUCUACGAGACUGUGGAGAAGGUCAAAAACUGCUAGUGCGUGCCGGGGUCGGCAGGCAGAGCUGCUGGAGUACGAGGUGGCAAGGCACACGUUAGGCAAGUUUGAAAUCCCACCGUCAAUUGGAAGUGAUUGUUGUAGAUCCCCAAGCCAGAGCUCAGGAACAUCCCACCUCCAGGGAAGAGCACUGGGACAACAACAACAGUGGCAAAGACUAAAACAUGUGAAUUUGGAAGGAUAAGUAGCCAGCAGCUAACAAUUGGAAGGCUCAAACAUAGCAGAUGAUCUAAGGUUGUGUAGCGCGUAAGCCUCUUUUUUCAAGGGCCUGUCUACAUCAGUGGGUUUUUGGAAGUCUCUCGCCAUUUCUGAGCCAGUGGUGGCCUAACAGUAUGCAACAGGACUUGGAUUUACUGCAGGGAAAUAACUUGGACUUGUCAUCAGUAGAAAAUUUGCGUGCCGAAAAGCCCAAAUUCUUGCUGGUCUCUGUGGGAGUGAAAGGUGCAUGGCCCUCUUCUGCAGAAUCUGGUGUUUCUGCGAGGAAAGAAGCUGAUGGUCAGCUUGUGUGGCCCAGUCCCGGAGAGGCACCCCACCGUUUUGUGAAGGGAUUGCUCUUGCUCGAGGAGGGGGAGAGAGAGAUCAGGAGACGUUUGAGUGCUUUGGCUGUAAAAGCAUUGGUGAUUCUGAAUGUUCUAUUCUAGAUUCUAUUUUAAUGAUGUUUCCUUGAUUGGGAUAAACCUUCCCAUAAUUGAAUGAGUUUUAACAUGAAGUCCCUAAUCUAGGAUCUGAGGUGUGAAUCCUAAAUGAAGUUUUAUCGUCCAAGGGUGUAACAUAGGGGGAAGGAUGCAAAUUACAUUAUUUUGUUUUAAGAUGGGAAGAAUUUUAUAAACGGUUAUCCUGCCUUCUUAGGAUUUAGGGAAGAAAAAGCCUUCCCAGGUGUGGUAGUUGUGGUAUUUACAGCAAAAAACACCUGAGUCUGGGUUUUUCCACCCCCAAGGUCCAUGCAGACCAACACGGUGAAAACAGUAGUUUUCCACCCAGAGUUGAACAAAGUGUAACCUUCUUGCCCACGUACAUCCCAAGCAGCGAUGUAAGUCUGUAAGUUCAGAUGACUGCGGUACGAGGGUAUCUGCCGUUUUUAGUUAGAGUUUCUUUACUGGUUUUUAGAGAUGAGAGACUUGAACUUUUAGUGAAACCCAGUGCUGGAGAUCCCUCUGGUGAGAUUCCCAAACCUUGCCAGACUACACUGAAAAUUAAAAACCCCAGGUCUCUAUUUGUCCAGAGAAGUUCUCCAGUAGAAAAAGCGCAAACUUGCCUGGUUUUCAAAUUUACCUUUCAGUGUGAACAUUGGUUUCCCCACUCCAGUAUCUCAGCUUUUCCCCAUUUCUUUUCUCCCUGCCCUGCACAUCGUUUUACUGACAUUAACUCAAGCUGUUUCAUUCUUUGGCUUUUGCUCCCUUUAACAAUAAAUGCAUGUACAAAUAAUUUUGACAGUUCCUUUACUUUUAAUGAAUCAGUUCUCGGACUGCUUUGAAGUCCUAUGCCAAAGGAGGAAUGAAACGCAAAUUUGCUGCUGGUCCGAUGGGGACGCAGCAGAACUGGUGAGCGCAGGAGGUGGCAGCAGCCCCGGCCUCGCUGCUUAGGAGGCUCCGGUGUCCCUCCGCCUGCAAACAGAUCCGUCCGGCUUCGAGCGACGCUUCGGCUUCCCAGCGACCUUGCUCAUUAGUGUAAUAACUGCCGGGAUCUUUAUUCUGUGUCUCAGAGAAGUUCUUCAUGGUAAGUUGCUCCGAAAUAUUUAGUGAACUCAAUGUAUUUUGCAUCACUCGUAGUGUUGUUACAGGUUUAAUUGCACGCACCCACCUUCCACAACACCCUCCAGCCUCCGCUGCUUGAGAGUUUGCGGCCCUCUCUCUCUCUCUGACGUGCUUCACUGACUUCCCCGUGCAAAUUAUGUCAUGUUGAAACUAUUUGCCUUCCAGCCCUGAGGUGCUGGACUUGAGCCUCUCACGGGGCUUUUACACCAGCAGCUCUCUUUCAGCAGGGAAUAUAGCCAAGCUUGGACCUCGCCGAAGUAGAAUUUUUUUAAUAACUGCUGUAAAACCCCCUUUAUAUUACAAAUCUAGCUGACAGGAUAAAUGCUGGUGUGUAAAGCAAACCCACCAGGGUUGACUCGAAUAUGGAACCCAGCGUUGUAGUGCUUUAUGACUUUCAGGGAAUUUAGGGUUGUCGAAUCUGACUUCCUGUACGCCACAGGGAAUUACAUUUCAUUCAAAAGCCCCACGCUCAGCCAUCUAGUUUCAGUUUAACUGACGUGUCUUACAGGAAGUCCAGCUGAAGACACGGGAAGUCUGCUGUCUUCCUCAGUUACGCACUUAGUGGUUUUGUCAUCUUUGUGGUUUAAAAAAGGAAAAAAAAAAAAGGCAAAAAUAUCUUCUAGGCUGUGAUUCUUUUCAUGACAUUUUGUACAGGCUGAGCAGUGUUGAUCGCAUUUAAAUCGUACUUGUUUUUUUGACUGGGUUUGACUGUGGAUAGAGCCAAGGCCUGGCUCUGUUUCUGCUGCAACAGGGGGAAAAUUUCUAAACAAUGUAUUCUGAUUACUCUUCUUUGGGACCAUGGUGCCUUUUUAAUCAGGACAGUAAAUCUUGUCCCAGAAUUCUGUACUUUUGUACCUUAACAGUUGUUGACUUUCCUUUUGUGGUGUGUCCCAAAUAAAUUAAUAUAACAUA